AGAGUGGAAGGAGUUUUUUUUUCUUUCCAUCUUCUCCUCCCAAACUUUUCUUACCUUCUCCUGAAAGUCAUGACAAGUCUCAGUGAGACUGGACGGAGAGACGGCAGAAGGGCUGAGUGGAGCAGGAAAGAGGAAACCAGCCUGACCUCCAGCUGUAUGAAUCGCUCACUGAGGGGUUGUGAGAUGUUUAUUUGAAGCUGCGUGUGCUGAAAGGUCCCAGUCCUGAAAAAUGACUCAGUCAGUGCAAGUUAACCCAAAGCUGCCCGAUCUGGGCUCUCCAUUCAUCUACUCCAAUCGGGAGGAGGCUGACCAGUCAGGCUCCUACUCUGUCCAGACGCCGUAUGGUUUCCAGCUGGAUCUGGACUUCCUCAAAUAUGUAGAAGAGAUAGAAAGUGGGCACAAUCUCCGUCGGGCACCCGUUGGUUCCCGCCGCUCUGGCCGAGGGGUCAAGCUCUCCCAGAGGAGUGUGGGGGGACGUACCAGUGGCUGGACAUCCACAGAGUCUCUUGCAUCCCCGGGCAGUGAGGAUGGCAGAGCUCCUCCGCUGCCACCACCACGCAACCGCCUUGGGUCAGCACCCUGUGAGGGGCUCUGUCUUUCCCCUGUGACCCUCCUCAAUGUUCCUCCCCUGUCUGCCGGAGCCAAAGUGCCACCUCCUCCACCACAGCGCAACCCCAGAGUGGAGCGGACUCUUCUUGAAACCAGCCGGCGGCUACAACAAGAACAAACCCACCAGCACCAGAAUGGUGGGCGCUUCCAGCUCGCAGAUCCUCCAAAACAGCUCUUACCCCCGUCAUCCACUCAGCCGCUGCACAGCGGCUUGACGAAACCCAGUCCUCAGACCUCUGGGCGCAGCACUCCAGCUGUUGGCACCACAAUGACUCCAAUCCCACCCAGCCAGCUGCAGACAGUUAGAGAGCAGAUGGCAACAGCCUUGAAACAGCUGAAGGAGAUGGAAGAGAGGGUAAAGGGUGUUCCUGCACUUGAGAGAGAGGUGGCCAAGCUUCGUGCAGAGAAAGACAUGCUCCUGUUAGCCCUGCAGGAGGAGAAAGAAGCCAAGGAGGUGGCCCAGCAGAAGCAACAGUCCACAGAGUCUUUUACCCAAACCACAGAGGUUCCUCAAACUGACCAUAGUACCCACAGUCGAUUGACAACACCAAUCUUACCUGGACAUAAAGGCCUCGGAAAAUUUGGUGAGCUGAAAAGGCUGACUGAAAAAUUUGAGGGGAAGGAAGGGAAAGCUCCAGAACCUUCAUCAAAAGUGUUAGUUAAAGCUCCAGAAAAAGUGUCUGUUGAGAAGAAAUCAGUGGCUGUUGGGGGUGACGUGCCAAUGGACUCUGUUGUUUUCUACUACAGCCAGGGUGUGAAAGAUGCUUCUGAGGGCACCGAGGUAAAUGUGUGUGAUAAAGGCUCAGGAAUAGAGGCCCCUCUGGUUCAAGAGGAAGGAGUACAGGUCAGUGUGGAGACAAAAGAGGCUGAAGUUUGGGUUAUGGAGUCUCUACUUGGGCUGACCAGCGAAGCACAGCGGGAGAUUGAUACCUUACAGGACACCAUUAAAUUCCAGCAGGAGUCCAUUGUGGCUCUAGAGGACCGAUUGAGUGUGGCCGACAAAGACAUGGGGAUCCUUAAAGUCCAGAUGGAGGAGAAAACCUCUAAAGUCACAUUUGAGAAGGGGGUUCUUGCCAAACCAGACAUGGCGAAUGCCCAGGUAGAGACAUUGACUGCUGUUAAACAUGCUGCAGUGUCGUGCCGUCCUGAGGUGAAUGAUGCAUGUGUAGGUGAGAACUUAGCAGCAGAUCUGAUCGAACAAUUCACCCAGACUGACACUGCAGUGAUGACAGCAGAGCUCGCGCCUGUAGAGGUGGUCAGCACUGGGUGCCAAUGGGAGAACUUGUUUGAGGAAAAGAUGGAGCAAAAAGUUACUGUUCUUAAGAAGAGACAGAUGACCAUCGCUGAAUACAAGGUCUCGCCAGAAGAAGAGGUGGUCAGUAUGGCUGAGAAGAAAGAGGAAGAGCAUGGAGAGAAGACUGCAGCCAGCAACACCAAGACAGGGAUGCUGAAAUCAAUCAUGAAGCGGAAGGACGGGAGUAACCCAGGCGAGAAGAAGAAGAGCCUGCAGUUUGUUGGCAUUCUGAAUGGAGGGUAUGAAUCUACAUCCAGUGAAGAAGAGGAGGAGGAGGAGGAGGAGGAGGAGGAGGAGGAGGAAGAAGAAGAAGAAGAAGAUGGGAGUUCUUCUGGAGAAAGUGCAGAAGGCGAGUGCUUGGACAGCACAGAGGAGGAUGAGGCGGCUCUGGAGGACGAAACAUCAGAGGAGGAAAGAAACAUCAACCUGGACGAGAGUGACACUGAUGAAGAAACCCUGAGAGCCACAAGUUAUUCAUGUGAAGCUGUAAAAGAGAAAUUUGAGCUGAGCUCAAAAAUGCGUGAAGCGUGCCUCAUUCUGAAGAACCACCUGAACGAUGACAUCAAAACACUGAAGAGUAAGGAAGUGCUCUCCAGCACCCACACCGUCCAGCUUGAGUGGUUCCGUAUCUCCAGCGCCAAGACGGCUCAAUCUUCACGGGUCUCAGACUAUCUGAUGGCGUUCUCUGAGGUGUCGUCGGCGCUGCUGGAGCAUGUCGUCAACAUGACUGACGGCAACGGCAACACGGCUCUUCACUACAGCGUCUCACACUCCAACUUCGGCGUGGUGGGGUUGCUGCUAGACACAGGUGUGUGCUGUGUGGAUAAGCAGAACAAGGCCGGGUAUACGGCCAUCAUGCUGGCGGCUCUUUCUACUGUGAAGGAGGAGGAGGACAUGGCUGUGGUCAGGAGGCUCUUCAGUCAGGGCAACGUCAACGCCAAGGCCAGCCAGGCGGGCCAGACAGCAUUGAUGCUCGCUGUUAGCCAUGGUCGGCAGGAGAUGGUCCGGGCGCUGCUGGGGUGCGGCGCUGACGUGAACGUGCAGGACGACGAGGGAUCCACGGCUCUGAUGUGUGCCAGUGAACAUGGCCGUGCUGAGAUUGUCAAACUGCUCCUGGAACAGCCUGGUUGCGACAUAUCCAUUGUUGAUAAUGCAAAUGCUCUGUCCAUCGCACUGGAGGCGUCUCACAAUGACACAGCUGUGCUGCUCUACGCCCAUAUGAACUAUGCUAAGACCCAGCCUGUGGGGAGUCCAAAAGCCCAGCCAAGGAGCCCCACCAGCUCCCACAAGUCCUGGCCUUCAGACUGAAAGAAUCAUGGUGUAGACUGACGGACCAGCAAACAUAACUGGAUCUGAGCUGUGAAAAGCUCCACUGGAAUUUACUAAAACAUACAUGUAUUUAUAUAUUGCCAUAUGUCCUGGAUUUUAUAAGUAUUGUUAAUAUGAGAAUAUUAUUUUUCCAUAAAAGUCGUGAAUGGUUAUAUAAUAUACUAGACUAAUAAGAGCUCCUAGCAUAUCGAAAUGAGGUCUCCUACGCUUGUUUUUUUUUCUGUUAUGGGAGGUGAGACCAUCACAUUAAUUAUUUGCACUCCACUAAUAAUGUUACUGUUCAGAGCAACACACACCGGUAGGAUAUGGUAGCACAUAAAAACACCUGCAACCGUAAUUGUCUAUGUAAGCACACACACUGACAUCACAUGGCACGACGACACAGCCAGUGUGUGUUGCCCUCUGCUCUUUCUGUCCUGCCUUCGUUAACUGAUCCGUGAACCUCUCCACCUUCAUAGUCUGCACUAACUGUCUGUGCAUUUAAUGUUCGUAAACAUAUAUCUAU